AUGACAGGCAAUACACAACCAAACGUUCUGCUCUUUGGUGCCGGUGGUGUUGGGACGGUCUAUCUUUGGCUCCUUUCCAAAUCAUCGACUACCACCGCUGUUUGCCGGUCCAACUACGACGUUGCAAAGGAAGAUGGCUUCAUUAUCAACUCAUCGAUCUUCGGUCAAGGCAUACACUUCAGACCGAACGUUGUACGAAGCUGCGAAGAGGCAGCGUCUGCAAAUGAAACACCAUACGACUACAUUGUAGUCUGCAGUAAAGCCAUCCCAGAUACCGUGCCCAAAUGGAUCGCUCCUGUCGUGACUCCUGGACACACCACCAUCGUGCUUCUCCAGAAUGGAGUCGGUAUCGAGGAGGAGUAUCGUGUGGCCUUCCCCAGUAAUCCGAUCGUCUCUACGGUCCUCUACUUCCCUGCGACCCAACGACCUGCCGGCGUGAUCAAACAUGGCGAAGUAGAAAGACUCGAAAUCGGCGCAUACCCUUCAUCCGCAUCUGCCGAACACGCAAAAGCCUUUGCACAGCUUGUACAAUCCGCAGGCGCCACUGCGAUACUUCAUGAGGAUAUCCAGUUGAUACGGUGGACCAAGCUUCUCAUCAAUGCUUCUUGGAACCCAAUCUGUGCUCUGUCGUUCAGCAAAGACACCGAUGUGCUUGAGAGCUAUGAUGGAGCCCCUGAUAUUAUUGAAGCUGUAAUGCUCGAGAUUCGCGACAUUGCAGUCGCGUACGGAUACAACAUCACUGAGGAAAAGGUCAAGUUCGAGCUUAACAGAGCGAAGGCACGAAUACCUAUCCACGCCGGUAUUGAGCCGAGCAUGCUGCAGGACGUGCAGACUGGCCGGCGGAUAGAAGUUGAAGCUAUAGUCGGAAACCCAGUCAGGAUGGGCAGGGCCAAAGGUGUCAAGUGUGACAGACUAGAGUUGCUGUACGUUUUGGCAAAGACACUGGACUUGCAUAUGGGCAAAAAGUUGGAUACAUGA